AGUUUUUAUUGUGUAUCGGUACAUGUGUGAGUCGACAAAAUGAAGGAUAUUUCGGGAUUUGUAAACGAGCAACAGAGGCAAAGUAGCCCAGAAAUCGCUACAGAAUGGACGGAAAUGGAAGAAAUGUACAACAAAAAACUCUGGCAUCAACUAACAGUGAAGCUUCUCACAUUCGUAAAGGACUCAUCAUUUGCAGAAGGGGAUGGUUUAAUCAAGCUGUAUGAGAAUUUCCUAAGUGAUUUUGAGCAUCGGAUCAACCCUCUCUCACUCACAGAAAUGGCCAUCAUUAUUGUUAAACAGAUCAAAGAAUACCCAGAAGCGCUAGCUUACUUGGAUAAAAUCAGAGAAAAGGUGAAGGGUAAUGAAGAAGCCGUAAUCCUGUGUAUGACCUGCUCAGCUAUGAUGAAACUAGGGGUCAAUGACCUGGAAGGUACCAAGACUUUAGUGGAAGAAGCUCAAGAAAAGCUAGAUAACCAAGAUGGUAUCACCACAGUCCAUGGUCGCUUCUACAACCUGUCUAGUAAUUACUACAAACUCAUGGGAGAUUACGCCAAGUAUUACCGGGACGCACUCAGGUUUCUGGGAGUAACCAAGCUGGAAGAACUAGGUGAGGGUGAGAAGAAAGAGCGCGCCUUCAACCUCUCUUUAGCUGCGUUACUUGGAGAAGGCAUCUACAACUUUGGUGAACUGCUGGCACAUCCCAUCUUGGAGUACCUAAAGACAUCUGAGAAGAAAUGGUUGGUGGAUCUACUCUAUGCAUUCAACAGCGGCAAUCUGGAUCAAUUUGAGUCUACCUCAGCUGUCUGGAAGCAACAGCCAGAUCUUGCUGUCAGUGAGUUGCCACUGAGACAAAAGAUUUCCCUCCUUUGCUUGAUGGAGAUGACCUUCAAACGACCGGCAGACAAUCGCAGCAUCUCGUUCGAGGAGAUUGCCCGGGAAGCCAAACUGCCUCUCAACGAAGUUGAGAUACUGGUGAUGAAGGCUUUAUCACUGGGUCUGGUGAAAGGAUCUAUAGACCAGGUUGAGCAGAAAGUGCACAUGACAUGGGUACAACCAAGAGUGCUGGACCUACAACAGAUAUCAACAAUGCAAGGUAAACUACAGCACUGGUGUCUGGAUGUCAAGAAUAUGCAGAUUCUCCUGGAAGACAAAGCACAUGACAUCAUUGAUAGAAUGUAGAUAACGAGAUAGGUAGUUCAUUUACUUUAGUUAUGAGUAUUACAGUCACUUCAAAAUGGGGAGGCCCAAACAUGUGUCGUGAAAUCGCUUGUAACUGCAUCCAUACUUCCAGAUUAUCAGAGGAAAUGUUACUUUAUUUUAAGAUACUGGACACCAUUAGUAAUUGUCGAAGACCAGUCUUCUCGCGUGGUGUAUCCCAACAUAUGUCGAAAUAACAAACCUGUGAAAAUGU